AUGCGGGUCGCGGUAAUAGGCGCAGGUCCUGCUGGACUCGUGACGCUUAAGCAUCUUCUAGCUGCAGAGAGUGCUCUAGGAGUAGAACCCGUCGAAGCUCGCCUCUUUGAGAGCGAAUCGGGAGUAGGAGGCACGUUUCUAGCGAGGACUUAUGAGGAUGCUGAAUUAGUAUCCUCGAGACAGCUCACUAGUUUCUCUGACUUCCGAUGUAAGGACGACGAGCCGGAUUUCGUCAGUGCGAAACGCUAUAUUGAGUAUCUCAAUGAUUAUUGCACAUACUUCAAUUUGUGGCCGCAUAUUACCCUCUCGUGUCCGGUGAAGGGCGUAAAAAGCCGGAAAGAGGGAGGCCACGUUGUUACAUACUUGCUAGGAGGACGGCAGUAUAGUUGGGAAUGCGACGCGGUGGCUGUGUGUUCCGGGCUUCAUGUCGAGCCCAGCAUCCCUAAAAUCGAAGGCAUCGAGAGGGUACCUGUGGUGUUUCACUCGUCACAGCUAAAGAGGAAAGAUCAGUUUGGUAUUGGGAAGACUGUACUCAUACUGGGUAGUGGUGAGACUGGAGCGGACAUCUCAUUCCUUGCCGUAACUUCGCCAACGAAGCGAGUGGUGAUGUGUCAUAGGGACGGUUUCCACUUCGCGCCAAAGAGAAAUCCAAAUCCUAAAUUAGUGUUUUCUAGAGGGCGAAGUUCCCUAGAUCGCCCUCAAGUACCGAUCGAUGUCUCCCGGGCGAGUCUUUUUGAUACGGCAUACGUGCACCCCUGGCUUAGGAAUAGCAAUGCUCUGUGGAAGUAUUAUGACUGUUAUGUGAGAUCCAUUCUCUGGACUUCGUGGGGCACCACAGACGGAAUAGAUCAAUGGAUAGGGGGGAAGCCUAAGGGAUGGACAACUUCAGAGAUCUUCUUCAAUAAAUCGGGUUACAAACUUAGCCCUUACUUUAAUGCCGUCUGGAAGCCCAAGGCACCAAAGGGAAUCUCGGAGCGCAUCCGCUCGUGGAUAGUUCGAACGCCAAACACAGAAGAAAUCUGCCACGGUCGGCAAGUUGACUUGGCCCCCUGGCCGGAGCGGAUUGACGAGACUGGCACCGUUAUAUUUAGGGACAACAAGCGGCCAGAGUACGCAUACAUGAAGGAUGAGAACAUCAAGCCGGAUAUAGUCAUCUUCUGUACGGGUUACACACAUCAAUACCCCUUUUUAGGAGAUCAUCGACGCGAUCCAAGGUACUAUGAAGGUAAACUAAUUCGACAGAUAUGGCCUCGAGAAGACCCUUCCUUAGGUUUCAUCGGCUUCGUGAGGCCCAACCUAGGCGCAAUUCCACCACUCGCCGAGUUCCAGGCCCAGUUAUGGGUGCUCAACCUACUUGCGCCAGGACGAGUGGCGAGUUCACUACUCCCUAGCGACGAGCCACACUAUCAGCUCGUGCGCAAGGAAAAUGCACGUAUUCGCUACGGUGUUGACCAUGAGAGCUAUGCAUACCAACUUGCAUUAGACAUGGGUUCUGCACCGUCAUUCGGGGACGUCCUGCGUCUUGGCUUCUCUAGUAGUAAUGGUGGCUGGUAUAAGCUGCCACUUACGUGGGCGCUUAGCUCCAACUUCAACACGAAGUUCAGGCUCAUCGGGCCAUGGAAAUGGGACGGCGCGCUCGACAUUAUGAAUACCGAGUUGUGGGACACAGUAGCCAGGAGGCAGAUAUUUUUCGGUCACUUUACACUUUCUUUCGUCCCGAUGCUCAUUUUUGGACCAACAAGUUUCGUAGUAUUUCUAUACGCUUCCUUGUAUCAUAUUUUUCAAUAUUUCCUUCGAAUGUUAGAGGUGAACACAUGGAAGCGUAGCAAUGACGAAAAUAGGGGGAAAGGAGCUUAUUAG